AGAGUUCUAAGGUAUAUAAGGCGCGUAUGAUCGGAGUUUCGGUACUCCAUCCAUCAUGGUUCAGUCUAGAAUUGCUUUGGUGUGUUUGGUUGUCGUGUUGCCUUCGGUAGCUGGCUGGUGGUUAGCAAACCAGAACCAGAAUCUGAACAACAAUGUCAACGUAAACACAGGAUUUUAUGAUCCACCUCCUGCCCCUGCCCCAGAGCCCCCGGCACCAAAGCCAAAACAAGUGAUUCACGCCACCAAAGACCACGUUGUCAGCAUCAACUUUCACGCUCCCAUUAAGAACAAAUUCAUCCCAACACUGAACGUCGGAGGAUUUGGUGGACCUGCACCCAAGAGUCCAUCAGCUUCACCAAAGAAGAAGUCACCAAAGAAAUCUCCUAAAAAGGGAAAGAGACCACCCAUGCCUAAAAAGAAGACUCCUUCUCCCAAGAAGUCCAAGGCCCCGAAAGAAAAAGCACCCAAGAGUUCUCCUCCAAAGGGCUCCCCACCCAAGGGCUCUCCACCCAAGGGUUCUGGAGCUAAGGCCGCUGGCCUCCCAAUGAACCUUGUCUUUAACAACAACUUCCCACAGAACAUGAUGAAUGUUGUCGGAGCUCACAACAACGUUAGAGGCAAGGGAGUGCACAUGCCAAACAAUAAUGCCGGAGGAACCCAAAAGGUCACCCAGAGCUACCACGCCACCGGAGGAAUCCAGACUCAGAGUGGUGGUCAAGGAGGACAACAACAGGGCGGCGGACAAGGAGGAAGCCAGGGCGGAUACAAAAGCUGGGGUGGUUCUCGAUAUACCAACAUCCACUCAGUAAAAUACCCAAGCAAUGAUGUCACAGUCAUCGGAAGUGGAAACGAGGUUCAUACCGUUGCUGGGUUAUAUAAUAAUGUAAAAUAUCAGAAGAAAGUUGCUCCCAAGCCAGAUCCCGUACAGGGAAUGCAGUUUAAACUUCUACUGAAUUUGCUCCAGAAAAUGGUUGUAAAAGUUAACCAUGCCCCACAAACAACACCUGCAACAGAAACUACUACUACUACCACUGAAGCUACAACAACUCCAGCAGAAACCACUACAACUACCGAGGCUACCACCACUACUACCACAACAGAGGCGACCACAACCACAACUGAAGCCACAACCACCACCCCAGAACCUACAACCACAACUACAGAGGCAACCACUACAGCGUUCUCUUUAGCUCAAAAUUCAAUGCUGUUAGAAGCUCUUUUAGCGCAGCUCACUGGCAGUUCUAAUGUACAGACACAACAGGCUGCCGUUCUAGACCUCUACGGACGAGGAGGACAGAAAUCAGUUUCCAUGUCUGCUAACUCAGGAGCAGGUCAACAAGCCACUUUGGACAUCUUGGGUGCCUUGCAACAAGCUCCCACCACUCCUCCACCAUAUCUUGAUCCAGUGGCCCAGCUUGACCUUCUUGCAGCUGGUGGAACUAUCUCAAAUUCGUACGCCGCUCCUGGUGCCUCACUCCCUGGAGUCACCUCUGCCCCUGCCGGUACUGCCGGAGGAGUUGAUCUCGGCUGGCUGGCUAAGUAUAUGCCUCAACUUGCUCUUCACAAACGGGCCCCAGUCAAAGUCAUCUCUGGGGGUUACGGUAAAAGGAAGAUUGGACAACAAACAACUGCAGAUCAGAUCACAGGCAUGGUGAGGAACAGGUUGGUUCUCUGUUUGGUUGGAUUCCUCCCUCUAAUACAGGGGUGGUAUCAGAACCAAAAUCAAAACUCAAAUGUUAACAUCAAUACGAAUUCCCCGGAGCCUUUUGUUUUCGUCAGUCAUUCUAAUACAGCUUCGUACCCAAACACAAAUGUUGUUACCCACACUCAAGGUACGCAUGAUACUCACGUCAGAUUGAAUUUCCAUGCGCCGAUCACCAAUAGCUUCAGUCCAACUCUUUCCAUAGGAGGAGGUUGGGGCCCAGCUAGGACACCGUCAGCUCCCAAAACUCCAAAGGCACCUAAAAAGUCACCCACACCAAAGAAAUCACCAAAAAAGAUGAAGCUUCCUAAAAAGAAAGCACCAGCUCCACCCAAAGCCAAGAAUCCUGCUCCUCCUACCACCAUCCCUCCAAUCCCAACAACAACCCCACAAAAGGCUCCGAAAAAGGCACCAAAGAAAAAAUCUGGAGGUUCUCCUAAGAAGAAGAAGGUAUCGAAUCCACCUUCAAAAGGGGGGCCAGUAUACCCACCACAAAGACCGCAGUCUCACUUUGUUAAUAUUAAAUCUAUUAGAUAUCCCAGCAAUAAAGUGACCGUUAUAGGACAUCAAAACGAGGUCCACACAGUUGCUGGAUUAAGAAACAACAUAAAAUAUCAAAAGAAAGUGAUGCCACAGCCAAGUCCCAACCCAAAUAUGCAAAUUUUGUUGAACCUCUUGCAAAAAAUGAUUGUGAAAGUAAACAAAAAGCCUGUUCCAACAACAACAACUACUACUGCAGCCCCUGAAACAACUACAACCACAACUCAAGCAACGACCACUGAAGCCACAACUACCACCACAGAAGCUACCACAACCACCACUACUCCUGCCCUAACAACCACACCAACUACCACUACAACCACUGCCGCUACAACAACAACAACUGCACUUCCAUUCCCAACCUACACGAUCGAACCUAUCAACCAACAGUCUCUUCUGAUGGAGGCCUUACUCUCACAUAUGUUAGAACCUAGUGCUGGAAGUUCGGCUUCUCUUAACUACAUAGGGAAUACGGGAAAACAAGUAUCAUUGAACAGUGGUACAGCUUCACAGAGCAGUUCUUUGUUGAGCAACCAUGGUCUAUCAUCUCAAGCAGCUACUGGUUCUCAGACCAACACAGGACAAGGAUCUCAAAUGGGAUUAGGAGCUGGAUUUGGAAACUCCGUGGCUCUUGAUGUAUAUGCUGCAGCAUUGGCAAAUCAAGCUACCUCACCUAACCCUCUGUUGGACCCCUUACAGUUACCAGGUGUCCUCUCUGGGUCACCAGGAGGAGGAGCUAACACUGCCCCGGCCGACUUGGCCUGGCUACAGAACUACAUUCCACAACUAGCACUCACCAAGCACGGAAAGGUUGCUGUUGUUAAAAAACUGGCCAAUAAGAGCAAAACGAAAGCCUUCAUAAGCAAGAAACUAUCCGUUUAAAGUGGAAAAUUCAGUAUUAAGACAAGUGUGUAAAAGUUCGGACGUAAGCGGAUGCAAGAAGACUGUGUUUGUACAUAUACCUCAGGAUACGAUUUCGUUAUAUAAUUGUUCUUAAAUUAUUUCACUUUUAAAUGUUAAUUUAUUUAUAGUAUUUAUUCAUGACUAAUAAAUUAUUGCACAUAA